CUAUGGCCGCAGAAGAGGCUCUGAAGACGGUAGACCAAUAUAAGACUGAAAUAGAGAGACUGACCAAGGAGCUCACAGAAACGACCCAUGAGAAGAUCCAGGCUGCGGAGUAUGGGCUGGUGGUGCUGGAGGAGAAACUGACUCUCAAGCAACAGUAUGACGAGCUGGAGGCUGAAUAUGACGGCCUCAAACAAGAGCUGGAGCAGCUCAAAGAGGCAUUUGGGCAGUCCUUCUCUAUUCACCGUAAAGUGGCUGAGGAUGGAGAGACUCGGGAGGAAACACUUCUUCAGGAGUCUGCAUCCAAGGAAGCUUACUAUCUAAACAAGAUCUUGGAGAUGCAGAAUGAGCUGAAGCAGAGCCGGGCUGUGGUUACAAAUGUCCAGGCAGAAAAUGAGAGGCUCUCAGCUGUUGUACAGGAACUGAAAGAGAACAAUGAGAUGGUGGAGCUACAGAGAAUACGAAUGAAAGAUGAAAUCCGAGAAUAUAAAUUCCGGGAGGCCCGACUACUUCAGGACUACACAGAAUUGGAAGAAGAAAAUAUCACAUUGCAGAAACUAGUGUCCACAUUAAAGCAGAACCAGGUUGAAUAUGAAGGCUUAAAGCAUGAAAUUAAGCGAUUUGAAGAAGAAACAGUAUUGCUGAAUAGCCAACUAGAAGAUGCCAUUCGACUGAAAGAGAUUGCAGAGCAUCAGUUGGAAGAAGCCCUUGAGACACUGAAGAAUGAAAGAGAGCAAAAGAACAACCUGAGGAAGGAGCUGUCCCAGUACAUCAACCUCAGUGAUAACCACAUCAGCAUCUCAGUAGAUGGGCUCAAGUUUGCUGAGGAUGGAAGUGAGCCAAACAAUGAUGACAAGAUGAAUGGGCAUAUCCAUGGGCCUCUUGGGAAACUGAAUGGAGACUAUCGUACUCCCACUACCAGGAAAGGAGAGUCUCUACAUCCUGUGUCUGACUUAUUCAGUGAGUUGAACAUUUCAGAAAUUCAGAAAUUGAAGCAGCAGCUUAUUCAGGUAGAGCGGGAAAAAGCUAUUCUUCUUGCCAACCUCCAGGAGUCACAAACCCAGCUAGAACACACCAAGGGGGCACUGACAGAGCAGCAUGAGCAAGUGCACCGGCUCACAGAACAUGUCAAUGCUAUGAGGGGCCUGCAAAACAGCAAAGAGCUCAAGGCUGAGCUAGAUUGUGAGAAGGGCCGGAACUCAGUGGAGGAAGCCCACGACUAUGAGGUGGACAUCAAUGGCUUAGAGAUCCUUGAGUGCAAAUAUAGAGUGGCUGUCACGGAAGUCAUUGAUUUGAAAGCAGAAAUUAAGGCCUUAAAGGAAAAAUAUAAUAAAUCUGUAGAAAAUUAUACAGAAGAAAAGACCAAAUAUGAGAGUAAGAUCCAAAUGUAUGAUGAACAAGUGACAAACCUUGAGAAGACAUCUAAGGAGAGUGGUGAGAAGAUGGCCCACAUGGAGAAGGAGUUGCAAAAGAUGACUGGCAUAGCCAACGAAAAUCACAACACCCUCAAUACAGCCCAGGAUGAGUUGGUGACAUUUAGUGAGGAACUAGCCCAGCUUUACCACCAUGUGUGUCUAUGUAAUAAUGAAACUCCCAAUAGAGUCAUGUUGGACUACUAUAGGCAAAGCAGAGUUACUCGAAGUGGCAGCCUCAAGGGGCCUGAUGAUCCCAGGGGACUUUUGUCACCAAGAUUAUCCAGGAGGGGUGUGUCAUCCCCUGUAGAAUCAAGGACAUCAUCUGAACCAGUUUCAAAGGAAAACACAGAGACUAGUAAAGAGCCAAGUCCAACUAAGACUCCCACAAUCUCUCCUGUUAUUACUGCCCCACCGUCAUCUCCAGUUUUGGAUACAAGUGAUAUCCGCAAAGAGCCAAUGAAUAUCUACAACCUUAAUGCCAUAAUCCGGGACCAAAUCAAGCAUCUACAGAAAGCAGUGGACAGGUCCUUACAGCUGUCUCGUCAAAGAGCAGCAGCCCGAGAGUUGGCCCCCAUGAUCGAUAAGGACAAGGAAGCCUUAAUGGAAGAGAUUCUCAAGCUGAAGUCCUUGCUGAGCACCAAACGAGAGCAGAUUGCCACACUGAGGGCAGUGUUGAAAGCCAAUAAGCAGACAGCUGAAGUGGCUUUAGCUAACCUGAAGAACAAAUAUGAAAAUGAAAAGGCAAUGGUUACUGAAACAAUGACAAAACUGAGGAAUGAGCUAAAGGCUUUGAAAGAAGAUGCUGCAACCUUCUCAUCCCUGAGAGCAAUGUUUGCAACAAGAUGUGAUGAAUAUGUCACACAGUUGGAUGAGAUGCAGAGACAGUUAGCAGCUGCAGAAGAUGAGAAGAAGACUCUAAACACUUUAUUGCGAAUGGCUAUCCAGCAAAAGCUCGCCCUGACACAGAGGCUGGAGGACUUAGAGUUUGACCAUGAGCAGUCCCGACGCAGCAAAGGCAAACUUGGAAAGAGCAAGAUCGGCAGCCCUAAAGUAAGUGGGGAGGCGCCAGCCACCGUGCCUACCAUAGACACUUACCUCCUGCAUAGUCAGGGCCCACAGAUCCCUACCAUUCGGGUCAGCAGUGGCACUCAGAGGAAAAGACAAUUUUCACCUUCCCUUUGUGAUCAGAGUCGUCCCAGGACUUCAGGGGCUUCCUACCUACAGAAUUUAUUAAGAGUUCCCCCUGAUCCCACCUCCACAGAAUCAUUUCUUCUGAAGGGUUCCCCUUCCAUGAGUGAACUCAUCCAAGGGCAUCGGCUCAGCAAGGAAAAAAGGUUAACCGUGGCUCCACCAGCAAAAAGAGAUUGUCAGCAGCCUGCUGCCUCCGUACCGCCACAGUGCUCACAACUAACUGGGAGGCAAGACUACCCAACUGUCAGUCGGGACAUUGCCCUCAGUAAGGAGCAGCCACAUUCCAGCUCACAGUGUGCACCUCUCCAUUGUCUCUCCAAGCCUCCUUACCCCUAGUUUUCAUCUCUCAAGGAUGGAUAUCUGGACUGAAGGUUUUUUAGCCACAGUGAGGGCACUACCUAAGAUCUAGCAGGUGUUUUCUUCAUGGAUGUUACAUGUACAUGUGGAUUCCAGUCCACCAUUUUUGAAGAGGAGAGUUCAGAAGAAUAAAAUGAUGCAUAAACUCUCGUGUGAUCAAUUUAUGGUUUCUCUGAAUCACAGAUGACCUGCAAUCAAAUGGCAACAAUUCACUUGAAACUGAAAUGAAACACAUAUUUCAGAUAGCUGGCUUCACCUUCAUAGCAUAAAAGAGAUCCAAGACAAUGUAAAAUAGAUAUGCUGUAAAAUCAUCUUUCCCUAUACUUCAAAGUCAGCUAUAGAUGUUGAUUUUAAUAUUUUUCAUUGAUACUUAUUUUAUAUUUUAUUUGCUGUAUGGUUUAUGUUUAUAAAGAUAAUUUCUGUAAGCAGAAUUCAUUUAUUUUUAAAGAGUCAUAGUUUACUCAAUUAUUUAAAGUUUUAAUUUAGUUUAAAAUCUGAAACUGGCCAGAUUCUGGUCCUUUUUCUUGCAGAAAAUUACAAAUGAGGUGCAUCAGAAUGUUAACAAUAACUAUUUUGCUGCUACAUGAAUAUUCUUUAUGCAGUUAUUUUCUAAUCAGUAGCUCAUUAAUUGUCAGGUUUUUUUUAACUAGAGUUCUUCACUAAACAUUUAAGUAAAUCUAAGAAAGAGGCAAAGCUAUGAUUCAUUGACCUAAUCAAGUUUUGAAGGUAUCUUUAAUUUUUUAAAAUUGCAGUUGAGUAGAUAGAUAUAUUGGUGCUGCUCCUGUGUGUGUGUGUGUGUGUGUG